AUGAGAGCCGAUCUAGUCCUCAAUUCUCAUUCUCCCGACGCUUUCUUUUCCCACCAUAACCGUCCUUUGCGAGGUGCGACAGUCAAGAUGGGUGCCCUCAAAUACGUCGAAGAACUUCAAAAGAAGAAGCAAUCCGAUGUCCUUCGAUUCCUUCUCCGAGUCCGCUGCUGGGAGCUCCGACAAUUGAACGUCAUCCACCGCGCCUCUCGUCCCUCCCGACCGGACAAGGCCCGUCGUCUGGGUUACAAGGCCAAGCAAGGCUAUGUCAUCUACCGAAUCCGUGUGCGCCGCGGAGGUCGCAAGCGACCCGUGCCCAAGGGUGCUACUUAUGGCAAACCCACCAACCAGGGUGUGAACCAACUCAAGUACCAGCGUUCUCUUCGCUCCACUGCCGAAGAGCGAGUCGGCCGCCGCUGUGCCAACCUGCGCGUCCUCAACUCGUACUGGAUCAACCAGGACUCGACCUACAAGUACUACGAAAUUAUUCUCGUGGACCCCAGCCACAAGGCCAUUCGUCGCGAUCCCCGGAUCAACUGGAUUGUGAACCCCGUCCACAAGCACCGCGAAUCCCGAGGUCUCACCGCCACAGGCAAGAAGUCCCGCGGCUUGGGCAAGGGCCACGGUUACACCAAGACCACCUCUGGACGGAGAAAGACCUGGAAGAGACACAACACGCUCUCGCUCUGGAGAUACCGCUGA